UUUUUUCUUUAGAACUGAAACUGAAACCUAAGACUUGUAUUGCAGUACAGUAUCACACUACUGGUGUUUUCCUGAACAGAGGCUUUACCACACCUCCGCUCUCAGUCAUGGCUUCGUCCAUCCCCAUCCUGUCUGAAGACCAGUUGCUGUGCUCUAUCUGUCUGGAUGUGUUCACUGAUCCAGUCUCUACAUCAUGUGGACACAACUUCUGUAAAUCCUGCCUUACAGGACACUGGGACAACAGUGACCGCUGGAAGUGUCCACUGUGUAACAAGAUUUUCGAGAACAGGCCAGAUCUUUCUGUCAACACUUUCAUCUCUGAAACAGCAACUCGGUUCAAAAAAUCGGUUGAAAUGAAAGCUAAAAAAGCUGCAGAGGAAAAUCCCAACAACCCAACUAAAGUGACAUGUGAUGCUUGUACUGGUCUUAAAAUGAAAUCUGUGAAAAUGUGUCUUAAUUGUGGAAUAUCUUACUGUGAGACUCACUUAGAGCCUCAUAAAAAUAUCCCAAUACUCAAGAAACACAAGCUAAUCGAUCCAGUGGAGAACCUGGUGGACUACAUCUGCAAGAAGCAUGAGAGACCCCUGGAGCUGUUCUGUAGAGAUGAUCAGACAUGUGUGUGCCUGCUCUGCACUGUGACUGACCACAAGACUCACAACACUGUUCCUAUAGAGGAGGAGAGUGAAGAAAUGAAGACUCACAUGAAGAAAACCCAGACAGAUCUGCAGAAAAUGAUCCAGCACAGAUUAGAGAAGACUGAGAAGAUCAAAAAGUCAUUGGAGCUCAGCAAAAAAAGCACAGAGGAUGAAACUGCGUGUUGAAGUCUUCACUGCUCUGAUACGCUCCAUUGAGAGAAGUCAGGCUGAACUGCUUGAGGUGAUGGAGGAGAAGCAGAAA